GUGCAGGACUACUCUGAGGCCUGGGCCAUGCCUGGGCAUUUGGAAAGCUCUGGGAGCUCACCUGGAGGAAGAAGCAUGCAGAACAAUCGAAGACAAGGCCCAGGCCUUGCACCGCCCACUGUGGAUAGAUGGACCCUUCUGCUGUGCAGCUUUAUCCUAGAAGCAGCUUGGGGCCAAAUGAAUUGCGCAGGACACCAGGUUCUUCGAGUCCUGGCCAAAGAUGAGGAGCAACUGUCACUUCUCAGGGAUCUGGAGAACCUGAAGACCCAGAAGGUGGACUUCUGGUGGGGCCCAGCCAGACCCAGCCUUCCCGUGGACAUGAGAGUUCCUUUUUCGGAACUGGAUGACAUCAAAGCUGACCUGGAGUCUCACGGCCUUGUUUACAGCGUUAUGAUUAAGAAUGUCCAGGAGCUGCUGGAUCAGGAGAGAGAAGCCAUGGCCAAGGCUCACCAGCUGGAGCGCAGCACCAGUAGCUUCAGCUACUCUUCUUACCACACCCUGGAGGAGAUCUACGGCUGAAUUGACAAUUUUGUAACUGAGCAUUCAGAUGUUGUCUCCAAAAUUCAUAUUGGCAACAGCUUUGAAAACCGGUCCAUUCUUGUCCUGAAGUUUAGCACUGGAGGCUCUCGGCACCCGGCUAUCUGGAUCGACACUGGGAUUCACUCUCGGGAGUGGAUCACUCACGCCACUGGAAUCUGGACUGCCAAAAAGAUUGUCAGCGAGUAUGGCAAAGACCACAUCCUGACUGACAUACUGAAAGUCAUGGACAUCUUCAUAGAGCUUGUCACCAACCCUGAUGGGUUCGCAUUGACCCACAGCACGAACCGCUUGUGGCGGAAGAACAAGUCCAGCAGACCGGGAGUCCUCUGCACUGGUGUAGAUCUCAACAGGAACUGGAAAUCAGACUUUGGAGGAAAUGGUUCCAAUAGCAACCCUUGCUCAGAGACUUACCACGGACCCUUGCCGCGGUCAGAGCCAGAGGUAGCCGCCAUUGUGGACUUCAUCACAGGCCACGGGAACUUCAAGGCUCUCAUCUCCAUCCACAGCUACUCACAGAUGCUCACGUACCCAUAUGGCCACUGUGUGGAACCUAUUUCAGACCAAACGGAACUGUACAACCUUGCCAAGGAUGCAGUGAGGGCUAUGUCCGAGGUGCACAGGAUCAAGUACCUUUUUGGCAGCAUCAGCACCACCCUCUACGUGGCCACUGGAGUCACCGUGGACUGGGCCUAUGACAAUGGCAUCAAGUAUGCCUUUACCUUCGAGCUCCGGGACACAGGGCGCUAUGGCUUCCUGCUGCCCGCUACACAGAUCAUCCCCACGACCCAGGAGACGUGGGUAGCGAUGCGGACCAUUAUGGAGCACACCCUGAAUCACCCCUACUAGCAACACUGCUGAGGGCAGAGCAGGAGAAACCUGCCUCCUUCCCAAGGCCCAGGCUCCUCCUAAGACUCAGGUUAUGCAUCCCCCCCCUGAACCCUUG